AUGGCCGAUUACUCCAUGUAUCACGCAUUGGGACAAGGCGAGCAACUCGAUCCCAAUGACCCCAACCGAACAACACAACCUACCCCUCCUCAAUUUCAGCCGCCCAUUGCUCAAAAUCCCUACCAGCAAGGCCCUGCCUACGGUUCUCCCGCGCCCCAAAGCCAGCAGUAUUAUGGGAGUCCCCCACCACCCGCCCCUGGUACGCCUGGGUUUGCGGCUCCGCAAGAUGCAGGUCUCGCCUCGCAGAUGGCGGGCAUGUCGUUAGGAGAUGGACAGCAUACGGCAAGGAGAAAGAAGAAGGACCGACACGUCUUCCAUGCUGUAGAAGCCCCGGCUGGUUCUUCUCAGGCAUAUAACGGCAUACCACCAGCAGGGACACCAGCUACGGCUUUCUUGAAUGCAGAUCCCUCUUUACGACCCAACAACCAGUUUAUUGGCCAACCCCUUUCACCGAAUCAGUUUCCCGCGCCCGUCAAUGCCCCCUUUCACCCCGCGACCGCAGCAACCCCGGCCGAGUUUGCUGCAAGAAGUAGUCAAAUAGAUCCAGGACAUGCGCCUGCAUUCGUGUCUGCAUCAGGCGGGGGGCAAGUUUCGCCAGACGACAUCCCCAGUGUGCCAGCUUCCAGAGAUGUAGCACAACAAUACUACCUCAGCAACGUAUAUCCUACCUUCGAACGCCAUGUACCUCCUCCAGCUACUGUCUCUUUUGUUGCUUAUGAUCAAGGCAAUUCUUCGCCCAAGUUUACUCGAUUAACAAUGAAUAAUAUCCCCGCCAACCAGGACGGCCUAAAAAGCACCGGCUUACCCUUGGGCCUCGUCUUACAGCCACUGGCUCGUCUCCAGCCUGGUGAAAUGGAAGUUCCCGUACUCGAUUUUGGCGAUGUUGGACCACCAAGGUGUCAUAGAUGCCGUGCCUAUAUUAACCCUUUCAUGAUGUUCCGCUCAGGUGGCAGCAAAUUCGUGUGCAAUCUAUGCACAUAUCCCAACGAUACUCCUUCGGAGUACUUCUGUGCCACUACGCCUCAGGGCGUACGAGUAGAUCGAGAUCAGCGACCCGAAUUAACUAGGGGAACCGUCGAAUUUUUAGUACCUAAGGAGUACUGGACGAAAGAGCCUACUGGUCUUCAUUGGCUCUUUGUAAUUGACGUCACUCAGGAAUCUUAUAAUAAGGGCUUCUUAGAGGCUUUCUGUGAGGGCAUUCUUGCCGCGCUUUACACCUCAGAGGACAGCGAUGGGACAGAUGAGAAUGGCGAGCCGAAACGGCAAAUCCCAGCCGGCGCAAAGGUCGGGUUCGUCACGUACGACAAGGACAUACAUUUCUACAACUGUAAUCCCGCCUUAGAACAAGCACAGAUGAUCAUUAUGCCUGAUAUCGAAGACCCAUUUGUGCCACUUAGCGACGGGCUCUUCGUUGAUCCAUAUGAAUCCAGAGCUGUCAUAACAUCGCUACUUGCGCGACUACCGACCUUAUUUGCAGACAUAAAAAAUCCGGAACCUGCUUUGUUGCCGACGUUGACCUCAUGUUUGGCCGCGCUGGAAAAGACUGGUGGUAAAAUCGUAUGUUCGUUGUCGGCUUUACCUACAUGGGGACCUGGCCGACUUUUUCUGAGAGACGACGGGAAGUACCCUGGUGGUGAAAUAGAUAAGAAACUUUUCACCACCGAACAUCCCGCGUGGAAGAAGGCUGCAGAGAAGAUGGUUGCGGCCGGAGUGGGUGUCGAUUUUUUCUUGGCUGCUCCAUCUGGUGGAUAUUUGGACAUAGCCACCAUUGGCCAUGUCUCGUCCACAACAGGCGGAGAGACGUUCUACUACCCGAAUUUUGUGGCGGGCCGCGAUAAUGCCAAGCUAUCCCUCGAGAUUAAGCACACCGUUACCAGGGAAACGGGUUAUCAGGCAUUGAUGAAAGUUCGAUGCUCUAAUGGCCUUCAAAUCUCGGCGUACCAUGGCAACUUCAUACAGCAUACCUUUGGAGCCGAUCUUGAGAUAGGCGUCAUAGAUGCCGACAAAGCUGUAGGCGUAACGUUUGGCUAUGACGGAAAGCUUGAUUCAAAGCUUGACGCCCAUUUCCAAUCCGCCUUGUUAUAUACUACUGCGUCAGGUCAACGACGAGUAAGGUGUUCCAACGUGAUUGCUAGCGUUAGCGACAAUCCAAGAGAGUGCAUGAAAUUCGUGGACCAAGAUGCUGUGUACACGAUUCUCGCCAAAGACGCUGCUUCUAAACUUGCCUCGACUUCUAGCACUCUCAAAGACAUAAGGCUAGGAUUGACGGAGAAGACAAUUGACAUACUAGCAGGGUAUCGCAAGAAUUUCUCGUCCCAGUCGCAUCCUCCCGGACAACUUGUUAUGCCGGAAAAGCUUAAGGAGUUCUCGAUGUACAUGCUUGGGCUCCUUAAAUGCCGAGCUUUCAAGGGAGGUAACGAAACAUCCGACCGGAGGGUACAUGAAAUGCGUAUGAUCAGAUCAAUAGGUGCUCCAGAACUCAGUCUUUACCUAUACCCUAGGAUGAUACCUAUUCACAAUCUGAACCCGGAGGACGGAUUCCCCGACGAACAAACAGGCUAUUUAAAGAUGCCACCAGCCAUUCGCACAUCUUUCAGUCGAGUCGAACCAGGUGGUGUAUACUUGGUGGAUAACGGACAACAAUGCUUACUGUGGUUUCAUUCCCAAACCUCGCCCAACUUGCUGGUGGAUCUAUUUGGGGAGGGCAAAGACAGCCUCAAUAAACUCGACCCAUAUAGCUCUUCGCUGCCAGUCCUGCAGACGCACUUGAACGCCCAAGUCCGAAACAUAAUCGAGUUCCUCAAGGUCGUACGCGGUUCCAAGGCGCUAACAAUUCAGUUGGCUAGGCAAGGAAUUGAUGGAGCCGAAUAUGAGUUUGCAAGAAUGCUAAUUGAAGAUCGGAACAACGAAGCGCAGAGCUACGUAGAUUGGCUGGUACAUAUACACAAGGGCGUGCAGCUUGAGUUGGCUGGGCAAAGACGAAAAGAGGGUGAUGAUCAUGCUUCCCUAGCGUCAACGUUCCAAGGGCUGAGGCCGCAGUAUUGGUAA